CGCCGAUCGCUAAGAACAACAAAUGGUCGAAAACGAUUAAAAAUUAAAUAAUUUGUGUUAGUUACUUAAUUGUUUUGUUUUGUAUUAUCUAAGUCCGUUCUGCGUGUCUGUUUAAUGGAUGAGAAGCGCUACCUGAAGCGCAAGGAGAAGGCGCGCAGCGACGGCAACCGAGAUCAGGUGGCGGUCAGUUGCAACCAGCUGGGCGACUUCUACAAUCAGCAGGGCAAAUACAACGAUGCGGUCAGGGAAUAUGUCCAGGAGGCCCAGAUAUACGCCUCCAUGGGCAAGGAGCUGGAGACGGCCAAGGCCAAGAGGAUGGUGGGCGAGAUGUACACCCUGCUGUGCGACUACGAUGCGGCCAAGGAUCACAUCGGCGAUUACCUGAAGAUUGCCAAGCGAUUGAAGAACCAGGUGGAGGAGCAGCGGGCAUAUGCCACUUUGGGUCGCGUGCAUCUUCUACAUGGACAGGGUCUGGCGGACAGCUCCGCCUCCGGAGCCAUGGAGCAACUAAAACUGGCGGAGAAGAGUUUCCUACGCAGCCUCCUGCUGAUCAAGGAACUUUCAGGUCAGAUUUCGAAACUGGAGCAACUCGAUAUGCAAGCCCGCUGCUACCUGAACAUUGGCGUGGUGAAAGAACACAUGGAGGCUUUCCAAGAGUCCAUCGAGUACAUCGAUAAAGCCAUAAAGAUCAGCAAAACGCACGAUCUGUGGGACCUGACCCACUUGUGUUACAUUUCGAUGAGCUUGCUCUACAAUUGCAAAAAAAACGACGCAACGUCGGCGCUCCGCUACUGCAAUAUGGCUUUGGAGGUGGCCAAGCGGUUACCCAAUAAGGUGAAGAAGAUCUGCGAGACUCUGAUUACCAAAGCGGAGAUCCUGAUCAAGGCGGGCGACUUUGCCAGCGCAAAGCAUAUACUCACCAAGGCGUACAAGAAGAACACACCGGAUGAGAACGAUCGGGGGAGCAUUGAAAAGCAGCUGAGGAUCGUGGUGAAGAUCUGCCAGACCCUGGAUGAACUGGUCCUGACCAGUUCAGUGGACUACGGCAAGCUGAAGAGCCUGUACGAGAAACUGGGCGACGGUUGCUGUCAUCUGAUGAACUACGAGAAAGCUUUAACAUAUUACCAAAAGAUGUUGGAGAACGCUGAACUGAAUCAGGAGGCUGGAAAGAGCCUAGUGCCGAUCUAUGUGAGUCUCUAUCAGACUUAUCGAGACAACGGGCAGUUUGACAAGGCCUUGGAGUACCUGUGGAAAGAGUUUGAGCUGAACCAGGAUGUUCCCUCGGAGGCGUUCACCACCCUCUGCACCAUUGCAGAGAUAUGCGAACAGCAGUCUCACCCUUUUUGGACCGUCCACGACGUUUACCAAAAGGCUCUCCGGCAAGCCGAGAAGGCUGGCACCUCCGCUGACAAGCUCGAGAAGAUUGCUAUGGUAAGAUUGCGGCGUCUGAUGCUUAAGCAUAAUAUGCAAGUUUUAGUUGAAAAUCUGGAGGCGGAAGCUACAGCCAAAGGCAUUGAUUUGGACCAGGAGGAAAGCAUGGGCGACGAUGAUGAAGAUGCCGAAGCCGGUGGGACUGCCUUGCAGCAAAACACUCCCGAUUGGGACGACGACUUCGACCUGACCACUCUCACUGACUCGGAUGCUAGUGAUCUGGAUGAGAGCGAGAAACUGCGUCCGCAGAGAACCACACGAGGAAGCAGGUCUCUGGUCAUUAAGAAGAACAAUAAGGGCGAGACGCAACUGCAUCAGGCGUGUAUAUCUGGCAAUCUGGAGCUGGUCAGACGCCUCAUUGACCAGGGCCACACGGUCAAUGUGCGAGAUCACGCAGGAUGGCUGCCAUUGCACGAGGCCUCUAAUCAUGGUUUUCGGGAUAUUGUAGAGCUGCUGCUGGACAAGGGAGCCGCAUCUGCCAUCAACGACAAAGGGGGCACUAGUUGCGAUGGUAUAACUCCUCUAUUUGAUGCCUGCUCAAAUGGUUUCCUUGAUGUGGCCGAACUCCUGCUGGACCGAGGAGCGGAUGCUACUGUGCGAACGGACUACAACGAGACCUGUAUCGCUGGGCUGGACAAGUGGCGCCAGGGAGCGCAGCUGGUGGAUGGAGAGCAGGCACAGUAUGCUCAAUUGCGAGAGCGACUCCUCCGGACGCUUUCCAAGGUGGGCAUCUGCAGCGACCGUAAUGCCCGUCCUCUAACCAAUGCCAAUGUAAAAAGGGCAAGUAGGGAUGAGCGGGGAUGCUUAUCAGAGGAAGAGGAUGAAGAGGAGGCCCUACAGGAGAGUAAUAGAAGAUCCCUUAGCCACAACCGUUCGGGAAGUGAAUAUGGUCCCAAGAAAUCCGGGAGCUCAACUCAACCUAGUGCCAGCAAGGAAUACCGAAGUGUUAUGGCGCAGUUAAAAAGACCCAAUCGCCUCAGCGAUGAUCCCCCCAGCACCAGCACUAUCAGCAAGCAGAAACGCAAUGCCUUCCUUGACGAUAGUGAGGUGGAUGCGGAUAGCUGGCUGAUCGAUGAUGUGGGUCCGGAGCGAAAACGCAAACGCAUCAACUCCGGAGAUUUUAAUAGCCGUCUCUCUAAAGAGAAUUUUCAAGACUCUGCUUUGUCCCUGCCGGCAAACUGGGAGAAUGACUUGCUCCAAAGCACUCCGGAUACAGAAUAUUCGCAACGUCAAAAGCAAAUGCGGAAACUUACCCUCUCCCGCUCCUCCAGUAUGAGUAGCAACCAUAGCAGUUCAGCCGCUCCUAGUCGGAAAAAGCAUCAGGCCACACUUAUGGACAGUGGAUUCAGUAGAUUUCGAAGCGAAAGUCCCCUGGGCAGUGAGUCCUCACAGGAUGGCGCUGCUUCGGUAAUUAGCCUGCGUACUAUUGAACCUGAUUCCACCACGAGCACUAUUCAGCUGCUCAUCUCUCCGUCCAAAACGUCGCCUAUCAAGGUACAAACUACUCCCGUUCUGGCCACCACUGUGUCCUUCAAAGUCAAAGUGCAGGACGAACUGUUACUGGUUCCCAUUGAGCGAAAAAAACUGCAGGAUAUUAACAUUCGGUGGUUGGCUGAAGAAGCGGGGAGGCGUUAUAAUAAGUUGACUGGACUAACACCUCUCCUACGACUCAAGACAGCCGAUGGCUUCGCUUACGAGGAAACAGAUGCGGUUAGUGUAGCCCUAGAGCAAAAUAUGCUGAUGGCCACCAUUCUGGAUUGGAAAAUAUCACCUCUCUCGCAGCGAUACGAGGAAAUGUGCCAUCAAGUGCAGAAAACCGUGGAUAACAAGGUGAAGCUUCUACUGGAGCGUUCGCAAAACACUCAGAUGCUAGAGCUCUCCGGCUUGUGGAUGCGGGCUCAGCAAACGGAACCCAUAUUUAAAGCACUUCUCCAUCAAGCGCGUCUCACGGUCUUGGAUCUCUCCCGCAACUUUAUUGGCAAUGAAGGUUGCCAGCAGUUGGCCAAGUCUCUGCCCACAUUGCUCCAACUUAAAGCCCUGCGUCUGCAAUGCAAUGCGAUUGGCUCCCAAGGAUUGGAGGCCCUGCUAUGCGGUCAAGGCAUGGAUAAACUUGAGCUGUUGGAAGAGCUCAAUUUAAGUCAGAAUCCGUUGGGUAAUGCCAGCCUGAGAAUACUCAGUAGGUUUUGCGCCAGUCCUGCUGCUCGAGCUCUGACUUCCUUUUAUAUUGCUCAAUGUGAGCUGACGGAGCUUCAGGACUUUGAUCUGGGAUUCAACCAGUUGAAACGAUUUGAUAUCAGCUUUAACCAACUGUCCCAGCAGAGUGUGCGCCGGUUAACGGAGCAGCUGAAUAGUUGCCGCCUGGAGCAAUUGAAUCUCAGCUAUGUGCGCUGGCCCUUGGACAAGGCCAGUGCUUUUUCUUUGGGAGAGCGACUAGUUUCUCUGCUAGAGGGUGGCACCUGCGAACGAUUUAUCCGAGUGGAGCUCGCUGGCUGUGGUUUGAACGAUGCGCACCUGUACCAGAUUAGUCAGCAUCUGGCCAAGGCCAAGCAACUCCACUGGCUGGAUAUCAGCGACAAUGUCCGACUUAGUGGAGCUGCCCUGGGAUACAUACUAGAUGAACUACCCCAACUGCACUCCCUGUUGGCCACCAAUUGCACAAAUCUUCUGGAUGACACUCGUCUCCACAAACUUGAGCAACAACAGCAGGUGCCCAGGCGCUUGGACUUAACGAUUGAUGAAAAGGUGUUCUCCAUGCCCGGUGUUUUGGAGACACUUCAGUCCAUUUGGCAGCUGCAGUUCGGAGACAAGGCCAAGAUGCUGACCGCAUCGAACAGACGGAAAAGUAGCAGGCGGUACAAAGGUCUCCUUAAGCUGUUGGCUGAUGGAAACGAUGCGGAAUUGUGAAGUCUCAUCAUGUAAAAUCAUUUUCAUUGUGUUGUUUGUCCCAGAGUAUUAUUUUAUUGUUUGACAAUUAUAUAGCAAAUCUGAGUGUA